AUACAGCAUCCCAUUAAGCCCCCCUUAUUUUGAAAAUUCACCCCACACAGAGGGGAAGUCCAAACAACAUCUGCUUCAUCCGGCCGUUUUCCAUGAGCAGGUGAGCCGCUCUUCGGCUUCAAAAACGGUUUAGUUGCCCACAGAAAGCUGGAGGUCACUGGAUCUCACCGUCCCGGCCUUACGGAGCUGCUGCUGCUGAGAUCUGAGCUCGUUUCCCCGCCAGAAUGAGCAGCUUGAAGGGGUUCCAGUCCCAGCUGUCGUCCAUCAUGGAGGCGCUGACACGAGCCGCGGUGGCCGAGAUCUGCGGGCUGGUGGAUGACGGCUACGCCGUCCUGCAGCUGGAGAUCUCCCGCAGCCGCAAGGAGAACGAGGCGCUGCGGACGAAGCUGGAGCUCAUCGAGUCCAUCAUCGCUCGGGGCAGCCGCCGGAGGGACGGCGGGCCGGAGGACACUGCAGCCGAGUUGGAAGCUGAAACGUCCCUCCAGCAGAUAAAACCCUCCAACUUCCGAGGACACGGAUCCGUUCCUGCAGAGGAUUCUGCUACAGUCGCUGCGGAGGAGCCGAUCCAAAUGGAUCAGGACAUUGUUGUGAUCAAAGAGGACACAGAGGAGGAGAAGGACGACCAGCUGCUCCUGCAGGAGGACGGUACAGAGGCGGAACCGGGCCUCCCUGUGGGGCCGGAGGGCCCGUCCGGGAGGAACAUCUCUGACAUGCGGUGUUGGGACCAGAGCAGCUCCUGCAGCGGGCGGCCGUCCCCGGGCCCGUCUGGCGCCGGUGAGGGCAGCUCUGCGGACUUUGACCUGGCCUCUGAGUCGGACAGCGGAGCUCUGUCUGCAGCGGACAUCAGGACCGGCUUCCUGCUGGGGUCUGGAGACGGACCGGCAGCUCUGCCCGGACUGUCGGACCUGAAGCGGGGCUCGGCUCUGGUCGGGUCCGUCCCCUGCGACGUGGAUCUGGACCCCGGCUCCUCCUGGAGCAGCCAGUCUGUGCCCAGCAUGAUGCCGGUGCCGCACCGCUCCAUGCUGCUGGCGCUUGGCGGCUCCAGACUCGACCCGCUGGAGCUCAACCGGUUCUGCAGGGACCAGCGAUUUGCCUGUAACUACUGCAGAAAAUGCUUCACAUCGUCGCGCAGCCUGGAGACGCACGUCCGGGUGCACACGGGCGAGAGGCCGUACAGCUGCGCGCAGUGCGGGAAGCGCUUCACGCAGUCGGGCCACCUGAAGACACACCAGAGCGUCCACACGGGGGAGCGACCCUUCUCCUGCGAGCACUGCGGGAAACGCUUCGCGGCCAAGCAGAACCUGCGGAUCCACCAGCAGAAACAUCACAUGAGCUCCAGCAUGUCGGUUCUAAGCAGCAAAGGGCUCCAGGAGCAGCUCUCCGUCGUCCUGGGAGCGCUGACCAGGGCGGCGCUGGCGGAGAUCUGCGAGCUGGUGGAGGAGGGCUACUCGGUGCUGCAGCUGGAGAUCCGCCGGAGCCACAAGGAGAACCAGGACCUGCGGAAGAAGCUGCACCUCAUCGAGUCCAUCGUGGUCCCGGGCGGCGGCAGCGGCGCCGGGGAGAGCCAGGCGCCGGCCCCGGAGGAGAAGACCGAGGCGACAGAGGCUGCUGUCCCACCGGAAACACCGCAUAGACAGCGGGACAGAGAGCGAGAGGACGCCGCCGGAGGAUCCGGGGGAGACGGAGGAUCCGCCGGCGUGGAGCCGGAGGAGGUUCCGGAUGUGGUUCUGAUUAAAGACGAAGAUUCGGACGGGUUCGACAGCCUCGACGACGGAGAACGGAGGCGCCAUGAUGGCGGCGCGGCAGCCGGCAGCGAAGCCGCCCCCUCGGCUUGGUCCGUCCGCAGGCGCCGCCGCCGCAGUCGGCCGUACGAAGUUGGCGACCCGUUGGCGCUGAAGUCUUCCAAACUGUCGGGCGGGUCACAGCAGAACGUCCCGGUCUACAGCCUGGACUCGCCCCGCAGCGAGCCGGGCGGCUCGGCGCCGGAGGACGUCCAGGUGAAGCCGGACGCCUCGGCCUGCUCCUACCCGGACGUCCAGCUGGUCCAGGACUGCUCCCUGGCGCCGCUGGGCCCCAGCAGGCAGCUGUUCUUCAGCAGUGCUGCCCUGACGGAGACCCAGACCCCCUCCAACCGGGCCGACCUGAACCUGGACCCGUCCUGGUCCAAACAGCCCAAAGGCUCCAUGGCGUUCGCCCAGUUCUGCCCCAACGAGAACCUGGAGGGCGACGUGUUCAGCCUGAAGCUGGUCGGCAUCGCCGGCUCCGCGGACGACCACUGCGCCGCAGCCUUCGAGUUUGAAAACGGCGGCAGCGGCCUGCUGAACUUCGGACUGCCGCUCUCCGCCGCGGAUCUGGACGAGGACGCCCACAGGAAGCGCUUCGUCUGCUCCAUCUGCAACAAGACCUACGCCACGGCGCAGAACCUGGAGGUCCACACCCGCAUCCACACGGGCGAGCGGCCGUUCGCCUGCGACCAGUGCGGCAAGAAGUUCACGCAGUCGGCCCACCUGAGGUCGCACCUGAACGUUCACACGGGGGAGAGACUGUACGGCUGCUCGCUCUGCUCCCGCAGCUUCAUCGUCAAGUACAGCCUCAAGCUGCACAUGAAGAAGUGCCACCCCAACAGCUGGGUCCCAACGGGCCCAACGAUUGGGCCCAAACGGCCGGAACUGGGUCCCAACUGGACCCAACAACUGAGCACAACUGGGCCCAACAACAGAGCCUGA